AUGUCGUCUGGCAAGAAACUGCUUUUGAUGGGCCGUUCAGGUUCCGGAAAGUCGUCAAUGAGGUCAAUUAUUUUUUCCAAUUACUCCGCCUUUGAUACCAGACGAUUAGGAGCAACGAUCGACGUUGAGCACUCGAACUUGAGAUUCCUGAACAACAUGACCCUCAAUCUAUGGGAUUGCGGUGGACAGGACGCCUUCAUGGAGAAUUUUCUUAACAACGACUCGGACUCGCAGAACGUCAACUCUUCAAGCAAUAUAUUCAAAAAGUGCGAGGUUCUUAUUCAUGUCUUUGACGUGGAGAGUAAAGAGGUCCAAAAGGAUAUCGAAAUCUUUAAACGAGUGUUGGAUAAUCUUCACAAGUUUUCGCCAAAUGUCAAGAUAUUCAUCCUUGUUCACAAAAUGGAUCUGAUACAAAUCAACAAACGACAAGAAUUGUUUGAUAUCAUGUUCAACAAGCUGGACAACGUUGCCUACGAGAAUUACAGGUUCAAGAUUAAAGGAUUUGCAACUUCCAUCUGGGACGAGAGUUUAUAUAAAGCAUGGUCUCAGAUCGUGUGCUCACUGAUUCCCAAUAUUUCUCUUUAUGAACAACAGCUUUCGAAGUUCAACUCGAUUGUGAACGCUAGAGAGAUGAUUUUAUUCGAGAAAACAACGUUUCUCGUGAUAUCGUCAACUAACAAGUUUACCGUUGGCGGAGACGAGCUGGACCCAAAACGAUUCGAGAAGAUCUCUAAUAUCAUCAAGACUUACAAGCAGAGUGUCAACAAAAUCAGAACAAACUUUAACAAUCUUGUUUUACACGGCCGCGGUUCAUCCAUUUAUCUCGAUGUACUUACUUCCAACAUUUACAUAAUGAUCAUCGUGGGACCUCCAAAAACCUCUCCGGGAUACCAGGUCGACGACGAGUCUCUUGUUCUGGAAAACAUCAAGAUUGCACGGACUCUGUUUGAAAAGAUCGAGAAAGGAAAAUGA